AUGACGUGUUACGCUCGGCUAAACUUCUACUACUAUGUCCAGAUUGUCCCUGCAAGGCGAGCUCUUUGGAUCUGGGUAAAGAGGAACAUAAAGUCUGUCAUGAUCUGGGCCUUUCUUUUCGACCAGAUGGUUCUUCUGCUCAACUCCGUUUUUAAUGUGUUACAUCAAUUUUCCGUGUGCUAUACAUACUCUAACUGCACAAGGACAGAAUAUAGCAAUUACCCGGACCUGUUGAACUUUUUUAUGUUUUACAUCUUCAUAGCUUACAUCCUGGUGUGUCUGUGUGUCACAAGCGUUUCUAGCUUCUCAACGAUCCUCUACCUCUACAGACACAUGAGAAAUGUGGCCCUGAGCGGCAGCAGCUUCAACGCGCCGAGGAAUCAAAGACAUAUGAGAGUGGCCAUCACUGGCGCCUGCCAAGGAGCCAUGUACUUCCUCUAUGCCACCUACUACCUCUCAAGCUCAUUGAGUAAUUUCUACUUGCCAAACUUUUUCUUAGGUUACUGGGCCCUUUUUACUGUCGCCUCUCUGUUCAUAUCAGGCACCACGGUCAACCUUGGGAUCGGUCAGACUGUAUUCAGGCAAAGGGCAGCCAGAACAUGGACGGCACUCAAAGCACUGUGUAAUGUUGGAGUGGUAACAAGUGAUAGCCAGCUGACAUCGGGUUAA